AUUUGACGGAGUGAGCAUCAAAUGGACACAGCUUCAGUGACUUAAAGGCACCUACUUUAGGUCACUGACAUGUGGGCCAGUCAUCUAUUGGGCCCACGUAUCAUAAACACAAAAGGUAGGUGCCUUGGUACCGAAGCAUCGUCCGCAUCAAAUGGUCUCCUCGUCUUCUCCAGACGGUCCACACACUAGUACUACCCCGCAGCGCAGUGCCGCUCUCUCUCCCACGUAUCGGCAAGGGAACAACCCGCCCGACUUCUCAAUCACCAUGGAGAUGGAGGCGAUGGGGAAGCAGCAGCGGGAGGAGGCGCUCCUCCGCGCCGCCUCCGACGGCAACCUCCGACUCCUCAAGAAGAUGGCGCGGUGGAUGGGAUCGGGAGGCAAAGGCGAGGCCGCCAUCCUGGGCACGGUGGAGGACGGCGUAGGGGACCGCGCGCUGCACCUGGCGGCCGGGUCGGGUCGGCUCGAGGUCUGCAGGUACCUCGUCGAGGACCUCCGCCUCGAUGUCAAUCAACUCAACUUCAUAGGUGACACGCCACUGUUCCUUUCUGCCACUUAUGGGAGAGCUGCUGCUGCAAGAUAUCUUCUUGAUCAUGGUGCUGAUCCACUAGCUGGCAAACUACACUCGCCUCUCUGUGGCGCUGCAAUGCAAGGACAUUGUGAAAUAGUAGAACUUCUGCUUUCAAGAGGAAUCGAUGUGAAUUUAGAUUAUGCACAAGGGACACCAUUGCAUGCAGCUGCAAUUUCUACACGACAUGACGCAAUGAAGAUUUUGUUGGAGCACCAUGCCAAUCCUAACAAGGUUUGUGGUCUUGGUUACACCCCAUUGAGUUGGGCCCUCCGGGCCAUCAGGCCCAUGCCAAGAGAGUCGUUGGAAUGUGUCAAGCUGCUUGUUAAGGCUGGUGCUGAUCUGAAUUUUAUUGACUUCGGUGGUGGUAGUUACGUGACGUUGGCAGUGAAGUUUGGCUUACCUGGUAUCAUGAAGUUCUUGCUAGAUGCUGGUGCUAACCCCAAUAUUCCUGAUGAAUGUGGUAGCACACCAAUUGAAGUUGCUGCCUCUACAGGCAGUAGGGACAUGGUUGAAAUGUUAUUCCCUUUAACUUCUCCUAUUUCAACGCUGCCGGACUGGAGUAUUGAUGGAAUCAUUUCUCAUGGGAAACACUAUGGUUUGAAGCCAGGGGAUAAACAAAUGUUCGCAAAGAGAAGAAUAGAACUAAAACAGAAAGCUUCGGAGGCUUUUAAGAGAGGGGAAUAUUUUAUGGCAUCGGAGAUGUAUAAUUGUGCAAUGUCAUUUGACCCUAGUCCAGAUGAUUAUGCAACCAUAUUGGCAAAUAUGAGUCUGUGCGCGUUGCGUGCUGGAAACGGAAGAGCUGCUCUCUCUGAUGCUGCCAUGUGCAGAAUGGCGCGACCUCUUUGGCCAAAAGCCUGCUACCGAGAAGGGGCAGCUCUUAUGUUAUUGAAGAAGUACGAGGGAGCAUGUGAGGCUUUUGCUGAUGGCUUGAAGCUUGACCCUACAAGUGGUGAUCUUGCAAAUGCUUUAAGGGAAGCCCAAGAGGCAGCGAAGAAUGCUCGUUGCCCUGGAAAGUAACUGACGCGCCUGUCCUACAAUGCAGAAUCUGCGGCUUUGUUUUGCUGCUAGCGCCUUUUGUCUAGUCUAAAAACUUCUAGCAAGAAUACCCUGUGGUAUUUCAAGACUUCCGUGGCACCCAUCGUUUGUAAAUAUAAUUGGGUGCACUCGCUGACCGUAGUAUCUUGAUUCCAGUUCAAGUGUCGACAAACUUUAUCGUCACAGAACGUUAAGCUUGUUAUAUCUUUGGUUGUUGGAUCAUGGAAUUCAGUAGUGAGGUUUCUCGUUGAACUUGGCAU